UUGAAACCUUAGGGAGCUGAAUGUAAAAUUCGCCAAUAAUGCUUCUCACUGUUGAAAAAAUAACAAAUAAAGUAAGAUAUACCUCGAUUGCAAAGUCCCAGUCUGUAAUCUGAAGGCAGAUCGCCGGCUAGACGAUCCCAUUCGCUUUCCACCGAUAAAAAAAUGGCUUGGUGGGCCCGAUCUAUCGCCAACACUCUCAAGUUCGAUGACGAUGACGACGACGAUGACGUCAACGCAGCCCGGAAACCGGAGUCUAAACAAUCCGAUAGCCCGGAAUCUCGAGACGACGACGUCGCAUCUCCCGUGUCACCGUCGCGUGGCGUUAAAGAGGAUCUCUCGGAGCUCAGCAAAACCCUAACCCGCCAAUUCUGGGGCGUUGCCUCGUUCUUAGCCCCUCCGCCGCAGCCCGAACCGCAAUCCGACCCGGGCGUGUCGGAACCGGAUCAGAGCUCGAUUUUAGGGAUCCGAAGUGACUUUGCCGAGAUUGGGGGGAAGUUCAGGAGCGGGAUUUCUCGUUUGUCGAACAACAUCAACGUUUCUGAGAUUACUAAAUUGGCAUCGAAUUUGCUGCAGUUGGAAUCGGAUGAUGAGAAUGAAGGGUCAGGAGUCAGGGAGAGUUUCGAGUCCUUUGGGGAGGGAGCUGUAGGUGUGACUGAGAAAGUGCUGGCUUUUGUUCUUGACAUUGCUGUGCAUCCGGAGACCUGGUUGGAUUUCCCAUUACCUGAAGAUAUUGCUGACAUGUUCAAUGCAGAUUUUGAUAUGACUGAUGCCCAACAAGAGCAUGCCUUAGCAGUCGAACGACUGGUCCCAAGAUUAGCUGUGCUAAGGAUGGAACUUUGCCCUGGAUAUAUGAGUGAGAGCUGCUUCUGGUUGAUUUAUUUUCUGCUCCUUCAUACUAGACUUGAUAAGCAGGAUGCCAAACGUCUAUCAACACCCCAGGUACUGGAAGCCAGGGCCUUGUUGGGCCAUGAACUGAAGAACAAAAAUACAACUGAGCCAAGAAACUCUUCCGGCCAAAAAUCUCCAUGCCCUGAGGAGAGUGAUGUUUCUCAUCAUGAAGAGUCCCUUUCUAUGCCAUCCCCUGUUAUUCCUGAAAACGAGCCCAAUAAGACAGCUAAUCUUAAUAUAAGUACCUCAGGUGCAACAGCUGCUCCCAAAAUAGUGAAGGACCCAGCUGAGAUAAACGAAACCAAAACUGCCAACAACUCAGUCACUCAAGAAAAGGAAGCCAGUCAAGUUAAGGAACAAUAUAUGAAAAAAUCCAAUUCCUCGAGUAUUUCUGUAGAUGAAGACGAAGAUGAUGCAGACGACUGGUUAAAGGAAGAAACUUUAGAUGCAGGAAGCUCUACUGGAAAAAGCAUUCCAAUCGUGAAUGAGGAUGACGUGACGUUUAGUGAUCUUGAAGACGAUGAUGGUGAUGUGCCUGCUAGCCAUAGAAAAUCAAACGACAGUUCGGAUAAGGAUUCAAGGGAUUGGGUUCAGUUGGGCAAAAGCUCGUCUGACAAGGAGAGCACGAAGGAGUCAAAUGACUGGCUAGAUGUUGAUGACAUAGUCGUGUCUUAAUUCAUCAAGUAUGCUUCGUUAUGUUGUAUCUCUGUGUAUCACUGUUGUCUUUGCUCUGUGAAUAGAUACAUCAUUAAAUGUCCUUUUAUUGUGUUGAGGUUCUUAUAAAAUGAUAAUGAGUAGUAUAUAUGAUGAACUCAUGAAUAAACCUCGGGAUGUUUUGUUUCAAUAUUGUGUAUGUGUUUGUCUAUGUUCGAUGAAGCUGUUGAGCCCUGGAAUAUNAAAUUU